GUACACUUUUAUUUGGUUACACAAACCAUUUCUUCUGACUGAUCUUUCAGUUUUCAUCUGCUUUUGGCUGCUUUGGCACUUUAUACCUGAGUUAUGAAGGUGCAUUCCUCAUCCCUUACUUCCUCUUCCUUGUUACCUGCGGUGUCCCUCUGUUUGUCCUGGAAACAUCACUGGGCCAGUACACCAGUCAGGGAGGAAUCAUGUGUUGGAGAAAGAUCUGCCCCUUGUUUGAAGGCAUGGGAUAUGCCAGCCAGAUGAUAAUUUUCUAUGGAAACAUCAGCUAUGUUGCAAUUUUAGCCUGGGCAUUCCUCUAUUUCUUCUCCUCAUUCUCUGGAAAGUUGCCAUGGGUCAGCUGUAACAACACGUGGAAUACAGAUGUUUGUGUGGAAAUUAACACCUAUAAUACCACUGCCAACUGGACCUCACCUGUGAAUGCAUCAUCCUCUGUUAUAGAGUUUUGGCAGCGACGGGUAUUAAAAAUAUCCACGGGCAUAGAGACUUUAGGAAGUAUCCAGUGGGACCUUGCAUUGUGCCUUCUUCUUUCAUGGGUAAUCUGCUACUUCUGUGUGUGGAAAGGAGUGAGGUCCACAGGAAAGGCUACCUACUUUACUGCCACAUUUCCUUUCGUCUUGUUGGUGGCGCUAUUCUUCAGAGGAAUAACCCUUCCUGGAGCACUCCAUGGUAUCAAAUACUACCUUUACCCUGAUCCCUCACGGCUUGCUGACCCACAGGUCUGGAUGGAUGCUGGAACACAAAUAUUUUAUUCUUACGCAAUUUGCUUGGGGUACAUGACCACAUUUGGAAGCUACAACAAGUACAACAACAACUGUUAUAGAGACUCUUUCUAUCUUUGCUUGCUGAACAGUGGGACCAGCAUAAUGUCGGGAUUUGCCAUUUUCUCCAUUCUGGGCUACAUGUCAGUAAAGCAGGGAGUUGACAUUUCUGCUGUUGCUGAGUCAGGUCCUGGACUCGUCUUCAUUGUCUACCCACAAGCCGUAACUCUGCUGCCUUGGCCUCAGUUCUGGUCUGUGUGUUUCUUCUUCAUGAUCAUUUUACUGGGAAUCGAUGGACAGUUUGCAGGACUUGAAAGCAACGUAACCUCUUUGACAGAUCUCUAUCCUUCCUACCUCCGAAGGGGAUACCGCAGAGAGCUUCUUCUGAUGCUGCUCUGUGUUAUUAGUGCUUUGCUGGGCUUAUUUAUGGUCACAGAGGCAGGAGCAUACAUUCUGCAGAUCUUUGAUCACUAUGUCUGCAGCGGGCCCACUCUCCUUCUAAUGGCAAUCUUCCAGUCAGUGAUAAUUGGAUGGAUAUAUGGUGCUGGACGCUUCAGUGACAACAUUGAGGACAUGAUUGGUUACAAACCUCUGCCACUGUUUAGGUACUGCUGGCUCUACAUCACCCCACUUAUCUGCAGUGCCACUCUUGUAUUUUUACUCGUGAGAUACACUCCAAUGAGGUUCAACAACACAUAUGUGUAUCCUUGGUGGACUUACUGGAUUGGCUGGUUUCUGGCUAUGUCAUCAUUGUCUAUGAUUCCGCUUAACAUGAUCUUCAAAUUGGCCCAAAAAAAAGGCUCUCUCUGGCAGCGACUCAAGAUGGCCUCCCUGCCUGCAGAUGACCUUCCAGGCAUGAAUAAUAAAAUGGCACGUACCAAAACACCAAAGCAUGUUCAGAACAAAGAACAAAAUGAGCCUAUGCUUUGAAAUUGUAUCUUUUCCUUAAAAACAACAUAUAAUCUCAUGAGAUAAAAUUAGCUACACUUUUCUAAUUGAAUGGUGUGGGUCUCUUAUAUAUAUAUUUUCUCUUUAUAUUCAUAUGUAUAAGUAGAGGUUUUUUAGCAAGCUACUAAGAUUGAAAUCCAGUCCCACAUUGCCUGGAAUAUGAUUGUGAGGAAUUGUAAAAUAGACACGUUUUAUAGCCAGAAUGCUAGACCAGAGAUUUUUGCUUGAUCUCUUGGUCAUAUACAUAUUCCAAACGAAAUAGAAUUAUAGUAUAUGAACAUGUAUACUGGAAGAGGAGAAGAAAAAGCUUAGAUUUGUUUUAUUUCUUAAA